UUCUAUAGUAUUAUGAAAAGGAAACAAAGCAGAGAAGCAAAGAGAGAGUAGAAGAAUAAAAAAGAAAAAAAAGAGAUAAAAAAGCGAGCUGAAACUCAAAGAAAGAACUGAAGUGAAAAAUCAACCAACAGAAAGGAAACGAAAGAAUGGUGGAUUGAAGAAGAAAGUGGUUUCUUCUUCAGAUGGGAAAGACGAACAGUAGAAGAAUUUAUGGUUGUUGUUUGGGUAACAAAGAAGGAAUUUUAAGCUUCGAGAUGCGAGCUACUGAUUCCGGUAGAAAAGGGACCUUCUCCGUACUCCUUCUAUACCUCCUUUUGAUUCUCAUUUUACCAAGCAUUUAAAUUUCAAAAUCCCUUCACAAAUUUCUUCUUCUUCUUCUUCUUCUUCUUCACAAGCUGCUUUUAUUUCUGUUUCAUCUUACUUCAUUCUGGUCUUCUUUUGGUGUUUUUUCUUCUGGGAUUGCUUUUUUUGACUUGACUUUCUGUUUUUAUAUCAAAUCAAGCUAACUUUCUUCAUUGAUCUUCUACCCUUUUCUUACAUAUGAUCGGUUCUUACUGGAUUCUGUCCUUGGGCUGCUUAAAUCGGUUGCCAGAUUCAUUCUUGAGGAAUCUGGCAUCAGUUAGCCUUUAGGGUUUCAUUUUCUGUUUUCUUCUUGUUCGUGCUGAUACUGGUCUUUGUUGGCUUCUUUGGUCUUGGUGGGUUAUUGUUCUGUUAGGAUUUUGAUGUAUAUAUUGCUAGAUUUUUGUUUAUCUCAGGUUUUUUCAUAGCUUUCUAUAUCCUUCCUUUGAUAUAUUUCUUGGAGGAUUUGUUAACUUUUUUCCCUUCUUUUUCUUUGGCUUUUGGCCCCCAUUUUGAGAUAAACAAAGAGAGGGGAAGAAAUACAUAAUACAAAGUCUUGAGACUCAUACAAACACAUCAUCCUAAAGCACCCCAUCAUUUUUAUUGUGGGUAUUAUUCCGUUUCUUUUCUUUUUUUCUUUUUUAAUUUGAACUUUUGUGGGUAUUUUGUUUUCAACGGGUAGAUUUUCUUUUUCCAUUUUAUUUCUAUAUGUGAAAAAGAGAAAAAAAAAUAUUUUCAUGUAUUGAACUUGAAAGAGGAGUGGUGUUAUACUGUUUCAAUUUGAGGAAUCAUCGAGGCUUUAAUUCUUCUUGGAUGAUUGAUUGUUUAUGGGAAUACCUGAUAGUUCAUUAUCAGAUCUGAUUGAGAAGGUUAGGUGUUGGAUUUCCUGGGGACCUAACUCGUCUGUGAGUUUAUCUGAGGAAUUUGUGUUGCCUAACAAUAGUUACAAAAUGUGUUGUGAGUGUGAUACAAGCUUUUCCAAGAUGUCGUUGAGAUACAUUUGCCAGAGUUGUAAUCAGUCAUCUUGUGGAAAAUGUAUUCGGGGAUAUGAAUCUUAUGUUGUUCAAUCAGAUGGCAUGAAGGUGGGUAAUGAGGCUGUGAAGAGAACCAAGUUAUGUAAGUUUUGUUCUGAUACUAAUCUACGGCUUGAAGGUGGGAGAAGACAUAGUGAGAAAGUUCAUCCUUCUGUCUCUCCCAGAUAUAGCCCAGAACCUCCUUCUCCUAGUUACGAUGGUGCAGACAAGUCCCCUAUGAAGACUCAAUCACUUCCCGAUGAUCGUCUGAGUCGAUAUCUUGAUUCACAAGAUUGUGGUUAUUCUCCCUAUGCAGCAUCACAUAGGAUUUUGAGCUCGUUUAAUGCUCAUCCAUUUCCUAUUUCCGUUCGUCACUCGCCUAACUGGAGUGACGAAGAUGAUGCAGAAGAUUCCGGGAGACAUUUUUUUAGCCCAUCAAGUGAUUAUUUUCGUGACAAUUCAGACAUAGAGUCAAGUAGUGUUAGUACUAGAAACGAGUUCUUUAGUUCUCAUUUUGGGGGAUCAAGUCCUUCUGACAGCCCCUCAAGGAAUGAUUAUACUUUUAGUAAAGCUGAUUAUGUUGUACAGACUAUAGAUCCAGGUCAAAGGGUGAAUCUAUUGUCUCAAGAGGCUGAGACCAUUUUAAAUAGGUCUGAGAGACUGACUGAAGGCCAAGAUAAUAAACAGGCUUGCUCUGCUGACCUGCCAACUAUUCAGAACCAAGAUGGAAAGGUAGAAAGGCCAUUAGAUUUUGAAAACAAUGGUCUUAUAUGGUUCCCCCCACCUCCUGAUGAUGAAAGCGAUGAGUUGGAGAAUAAUUUCUUUUCCUACAAUGAUGAAGAUGACAAUAUUGGGGACUCUGGUGCCAUGUUCUCCAGGAGCAGUAGCUUUUCUAACAUGUUUCCAGCCAAGCAAAAUUUGCAUGAGGAGAAUAAGGAGCCUUUAAAAGCUAUGGUUCAGGGUCACUUUAGGGCUCUCGUUGCUCAGCUAUUACAAGGGGAGGAUAUAAAAUCUGGAGGAGAUUGUGUUGACGUCUGGCUUGAUGUUAUUACCACAAUAGCCUGGCAAGCUGCAAAUUUUGUGAGACCAGAUACUAGCAGAGGAGGCAGUAUGGAUCCUGGGGAUUACGUGAAAGUAAAAUGCGUAGCAUCAGGACACCCUCAUGAAAGUACACUUAUAAAGGGAGUUGUUUGUACAAAAAACAUAAAGCACAAACGCAUGACCUCACAAUUUAAAAAUCCAAGGUUACUUCUUCUAGGGGGAUCGCUUGAAUAUCACCAAGUUGCAAACCAGUUAGCUUCUUUUAAUACAUUGCUGCAUCAGGAAAAUGAUCAUCUGAAGACAAUUAUUUCAAAAAUUGAAUCUCUUCGCCCCAAUGUUCUGGUGGUGGAAAAAAGUGUAUCUUCGUGUGCACAGGAUUAUCUGCUGGCAAAGGAAAUAUCUCUGGUGCUGAAUGUUAAAAGGCCUUUACUGGAGCGUAUAGCCCGUUGCACGGGUGCUUCCCUUACUCCAUCAAUUGAACAUAUUUCCACAGCCCGUCUGGGACAUUGUGAACUUUUCCGGUUAGAGAGAGUAACCGAGGAGCUCAUGGAUACUAAUCAAAAUAAAAAACUAUCCAAGACGUUGAUGUUCUUUGAAGGAUGUCCAAAGCGCUUGGGUUGCACGGUCUUGCUGAAAGGCAGGUGUCGUGAAGAACUUAAAAAAGUUAAACAUGUUGUUCAAUAUGCAGUAUUUGCAGCAUAUCACUUAUCUCUUGAGACUUCCUUUCUUGUGGAUGAAGGUGCUUCUCUGCCUAAGAUGCCAACACGCUCUAUUUCUGUUGACGAUCAUUCCUCAUCGGAAAAUCCCAAUGCUUCUGAGGCAUCCAAUUUUCUGGUUGAUGGCUCCGCCAGAGAAAAUUUUUCUGCUCUUAAUUCUGAGCUUGAAGAAUCUAAAUCAUACUCAGUGGAUUCUCACCUUGGUAACAGUAGCUUUCUUCUUUCUACUGGAUUUGAGGCCUCUAGCAUUGUUGAUACACUUCCAGACAUAUUCAAUGAUGAUUUACCAUCUGAUAUUGAUCUGAAGCCUUCUCUCAAUCCUUGUGAGGAAUUAAAGGAUGGAAUAACAGUUCCUUUUGCUGUUCGAAGUCUUUCUGAAUCUGAAUUGCCAGAAACCUUGAAAUGGAAAAAUGGAAGGUCUGGUGGGAUUCCAGAGUUGCGAAAGUCUGAAAGUUUUGAUGAAAAUGAUCUCUCCAGUGAAUACUUUUCAGCAGCAGAUACUCACCAGAGCAUUUUGGUAUCCUUUUCAAGCCAUUGUGUACUUAAAGGAACUGUAUGUGAGCGCUCUCGCCUUUAUCGUAUAAAGUUCUAUGGCCGUUUUGACAAGCCUUUAGGGAGAUACCUACGUGAUGAUCUCUUUGACCAGAAGUCAAGUUGUCCAUCCUGUAAGGAGUCCGCUGAGGCCCAUGUUCUGUGUUACACCCAUCAGCAGGGUAAUCUUACAAUUAAUGUUAGACGCUUACCCUCCAUAAAGCUUCCUGGAGAAGAAGAUGGUAAGAUAUGGAUGUGGCACCGUUGCCUCAAGUGCGCUCAAAUAGAUGGAGUCCCCCCGGCAACUCCUAGAGUUGUUAUGUCUGAUGCUGCCUGGGGGCUCUCUUUUGGAAAAUUUUUGGAGCUUAGUUUCUCAAACCAUGCGACUGCCAAUCGAGUUGCAACUUGCGGUCAUUCAUUACAGCGAGACUGUCUUCGUUUCUAUGGGUAUGGGAGCAUGGUUGCAUUCUUCCGCUAUUCCACCAUAGAUAUUCUCUCUGUUAACUUGCCCCCUUCUGUACUUGAGUUCAAUAGCCAUGUUCAGCAGGAGUGGAUUUCAAAUGAAGCUUCAGAGAUUAUUGGUAAAAUGGAAAGCUUGUAUGCUGAGAUUUCUGAUGUCGUCGAUAGGAUGGAACAGAAAAGCAAGUUGCCAAUGCAAGAAUCAUCGGACUCGAGUGAUGUGCAAAGCCACAUCACGCAACUGAAAGAACUGCUUCAAAAAGAACGAAGUGAUUACAUUGGUUUGCUGCAACCAUUCAUGAUGAAACCUUCACUAAUGGGGAUGAUUUCUGUCGACAUUCUUGAGCUGAAUCGUUUAAGGCGUUCCCUAUUAAUGCAUACACACUAUUGGGAUCACCGACUUUAUUCACUAGAUUCUCUCCUAAAGAAGAUUUUAAAUUCCAAAACUGAUGUCUCUUCUUCUAUAAUGAGGGAUUUGAAAAGUGAUUCUGCUCACAGUGAUGGGAAACUUGAAUCUGGCCAUAAUGAGAAUAUUCAUGAAUCUUCUUUGGCUCAUGAGUUUGCUGAAAAUGAUGAUAUACAUUCAGACCGGAAGGAAGAGUCUACGGCAUAUGAACGCUCUACAUCAACCUCACAUCAAGCCUGCAGAGAGGAAACGCACACAGAUGGGGAACUGACUACCUCCAUGGCUUUUGAAAGCAUUCCUUCUUACGAAUCCACUCUUUCUGAGAGAAUCGAUUGUGCAUGGUCUGGAACUGAGCAAUCUAUGAAGAAACAUCCAACUGUUUCUGCACUGCAAGCAGAAGAACCUAACGAUGGGGCAGUGAAGCAGAUGAGUCAAAACGAUCAUCCCCAAAUGAGAAGGGUAUUGAUGUCACCUGUGAGAGUUCAUUCCUUUGAUUCUGCGAUAAGAAUGCAAGAAAGAAUCAGGAAAGGAUUGUAUCCAUCUACAUUUCAGUUGUCGACAAUUAGAUCUUUCCAUGCUUCUGCAGAUUACAGUACUAUGCUGAGGGAUCCUAUUUCUAAUUUAACUAGAACCCACUCUCAAAUGUUGCCAUUGGAAGUUCAGAAGUCAAAUUUAUUACUCAGUUCAACUACAUCUUAUAUCUCCGCAUCUCAUGUUCCUGAAGGCGUUCGCCUGUUGCUUCCUCAAACUGGCAAUAAUGAUAUAGUUAUUGCUGUUUAUGACAAUGAACCUACUAGCAUUAUUGCGUAUGCCCUAAACUCGAGAGAAUACGAUGAUUGGGUUGCCGAUAAGUUUUCCGUCAAUGAGGGAGGCCGGAGUGUCCCUAGAAUCAAUAUAGAAGAUUCUCGUCCUUCACCUCUUUCAGCUUGGCAGUCUUUUGGUGGUUUGGACUUGGACUAUAUCCACUAUGGAAACUAUGGUUCUGAAGAUUCUUCAACCAUGAGGACCCUGUUUUCAGAUCCCAAAAAAUCUCCCCAUUUGAGGCUUUCGUUUGUAGAUGAAUCUUCAAUAUCUGGGGGUAAAGUCAAAUUCUCUGUCACUUGCUACUUUGCAAAGCAAUUUGACUUGCUUAGAAAGAAAUGCUGCCCCAAGGGAGUGGAUUUUGUAAGGUCUUUGAGUCGCUGUUGUCGCUGGAGUGCACAGGGUGGAAAAAGUAAUGUUUAUUUUGCCAAGUCAUUGGAUGAAAGAUUCAUCAUUAAACAGGUCACAAGGACUGAGCUUGAUUCUUUUGAGGAGUUUGCUCCUGAAUAUUUCAAGUACUUGUCACAAGCUCUAACCUAUGGAAGUCCUACUUGCCUUGCAAAAAUUCUUGGGAUCUAUCAGGUCACUGUUAAACACCUGAAAGGUGGGAAAGAAAUGAAAAUGGAUCUGAUGGUGAUGGAGAAUCUUUUUUUCAUGAGAAAUAUCUCAAAGGUGUACGACCUCAAGGGCUCUUCACGAUCUCGUUACAACCCAGACACAUCUGGGGCUAACAAAGUUCUUCUCGAUCUGAACCUCUUAGAAGCACUGCGGACGAAACCCAUAUUUCUCGGAAGCAAGGCCAAAAGAAUCCUUGAACGAGCAAUCUGGAAUGAUACAUCUUUUUUGGCGUCAAUAGACGUUAUGGACUACUCCCUUUUGGUUGGGAUUGAUGAGGAGCGUAAGGAGCUCGUUUUAGGCAUCAUCGAUUUCAUGAGGCAGUAUACGUGGGACAAGCAAUUGGAGACGUGGGUGAAGGCAUCGGGAAUACUUGGAGGUCCGAAGAAUGCUUCUCCUACUAUCAUUUCUCCGAAACAAUACAAGAAACGGUUUCGUAAGGCAAUGACUGCUUAUUUUCUCACAGUUCCUGAUCAAUGGUCUUCUUGAUUUUAUGAUGGAUCAUUGUAUUCUUUUGUCCAUGAAGCAUUUGUUCGUGAAUAAAGGGAUUGCAAUUGCAGAUAAAUUUGAAGGAAUCCCUCUCAUUCUUUUCUUUUUUACCCUUCAUCACUUAGAUUUUGUGUACAAAGAAACAAAGAUUAGGUCCGAAAGAGAGGGCAUUCACCCUUGAGAAUGAAGAGUUGUACUUUUUCUUUUUCUAACCUAAUGAAAAAAGUUAUUUGUAAAA